AUGGCAAUUCGUCAAAUGCUGCACCUAGACAACCUUUGUCCGAUGUUAAAUCGAUUUGUAAUGUCAUUAACUACUCCUAAUAAUGAACCUUGUAUUUUUCCAUACACAAAUCCACUACAAACAUGGCCCAAUCACUUUUGUCAACGCAACUCAGAAACUAAUUAUACAUGUCCGACUCUAUCUAGCACGGGAAAUUGCAGAAUUGGAAAAUAUGCCUUGGUUCAAACAGUUAGAGCUGGAUCGUUUGAUCAUAUGUAUACAACUAUCGAUACUAUUCAGAAUCAUGUCGAUAAUUUUCAAUGUCUUGACUUUUACUAUUAUAUAACUGAUAGUUCAUCUAAUGCACAAAUUAGUGUUGGAUGGUCGGCAGGUGCAGCACCUUUUCCUUUAACUGACGUAAAAGCAAAAUCUGAAAAUAAAUGGCAACAACAGCAGUUUACGUAUGAAAAUCCACGACAAACUGCUUAUAAUGCAAGCAUAUUGAUUUAUUCUGAUUUUUAUUAG